AUGCUACCCUAUCAAGAAAUGCGACCAUUCGAGCACGACCCAGAACAAGAACAUUUCAAACGAAGUACUUUAGCAAAAGUAGUUGGAUGUCUUGCAUUCUCUGCAUUGGCGAUUUCUGGAAUUUUCGGAAACAGUUUGGUAAUCUACACCAUAUCAGUUGAUCCAGCAGUGCAAGUGAAGACAAACUUGUCGAAUCUUCCCAUUCUGAACUUGGCUUACACAGAUUUAAUGACCACCGGAAUGGUUUGCAUCCCUGGAGCAGUUUUCAUACUUUGUGAUGAAUACUCUGGCGGCAGAAUAUUUUGCUUAAUCUGGUCCUUAACUAAUCUCCUCGGCUUUAUAACGACAAUGGGUCUCCUAGCCGUCAUCAGUGUGGAUAGAUUCAUUUUUGACUACGACUUUUGGGGCGGGGUUUGUGACAUCACGUGGAUAUCCAUGGGACCCGACAACCCUCCCGCUUUUCUAUACGGGGUAUUCUGCACGCUCUGGUUUUUCGUUAUGCCGUCCUCCAUAAUCCUCGUGGCAAACUUGUUGAUCAUCCAAAACUCAAAGGAAAAGAGGCACGCGGGGAAACUUCAGCACAACAAGGAAACUAAAACAGAGGCUAAAGCGAACUCUAAAAUUUUGAAAGCCAUGAUCAUCGUGAUCGCAUCCUACUUCGUGCUCACCUUUCCUUCCGGAUGUGUCAAGGUGUCCAAAGUGCUGGGCGGGGAGAAGGGACCGGCACGCUUCAUACCGGGAUGGUUUACCACGACGACGUCUCUCCUUCAACUUUCGGCGUCAAUUGUUAAUCCACUGAUUUAUGGGUUGUUCCGAAAAGACUUUAGACAAUCGUAUGCCCGCACGUGGAAAAAGGUGCGGGGUUAG